AAUCAUGAUAUGCCUCUUCAGCAAAAUGUCUUCCAUCGUUACCAGUACAACGAUUGUAACCAUGUAGCCGCUCGAACGCUCAGUCAACCCAUACUUGUCGACCUUAUUAUUUCAUUUGUCGAUCCAACUGACAUUUCUACUCUUCAUUCGAUCUGCCUAGUGAAUCGACUGUGGUGUCGCAGGGCCAUUCCACAUCUCUGGAGUUCACCAUUCUCACUAAACGUGAGAAAUGAUCAUCUUCUAGACAUCGUCUCGAUUUACGUGUCUUGUUUGGAUGAGAGUUCGCAGAGAUCAUUACUGCAAUUACAUAUUAAAAAUCAUUAUAUGGGAAAUUCGUAUGUCGAUCCGCAUAUGAGAAGCUCGCGGAUUGAUUCGCAG